UUUGGCUUAGCACUCCCUGUAUUUGCAGCCUUAGCUGCUGCAGGUGGCUGCGGGGUCAGGGUGGCUGGCAUGGACCAAUACCAAAAGAUUGAGAAGGUGGGCGAGGGCACUUACGGAGUCGUUUACAAGGCCCAGGAUUCAGCGGGAGAGAUUUACGCUUUGAAGACGAUCCGGCUGGAAGCUGAGGAUGAAGGAAUCCCCAGCACCGCCAUCAGAGAGAUUUCUUUGUUGAAAGAGCUCCAGCAUCCCAAUAUCGUAAGGCUUUGCGAUGUGAUCCACACAGAGCGAAAAUUGACAUUGGUGUUCGAGUAUCUGGACCAAGACCUCAAAAAGCUAUUGGACAUGUGUGAUGGCGGAUUGGACCCUGCCACCACGAAGUCCUUUCUGUACCAGCUUUUGCGGGGCAUAGCGUAUUGCCAUGCGCACCGUGUGCUGCACCGGGACUUGAAGCCUCAGAAUCUUCUCAUUAACAGAGAAGGCUCUUUGAAGUUGGCUGACUUCGGAUUGGCUCGGGCCUUUGGCAUCCCUGUGCGGAGUUACACCCAUGAGGUUGUGACAUUGUGGUAUAGAGCUCCAGAUGUGCUUAUGGGUUCCCGCAAGUACUCCACUCCGGUAGAUAUUUGGUCAGUUGGCUGUAUUUUUGCAGAAAUGGUGAACGGCCGGCCGCUGUUCCCGGGCGAUACGGACGCCAAUCAGCUGCAGAAGAUCUUCAAGAUCUUGGGGACACCAUCUGCAGAUGUGUGGCCAACAAUCACUGAAUUGCCAGACUGGAAACCUGAUUUCCAAGUGUUUGAGCCCCAGUCAUGGACGACAAUUACACCAACUUUGGACGCCGAGGGCACAGACCUCAUGUCGAAGUUCCUGCAGUACUGGCCGGACAGACGAAUAUCUGGCAAAGCAGCGCAAGACCAUGAAUACUUCAGGGGGCUUAGCGAAGCCAUCAAGAACAUGAAAUGAGGAAAAGCUCUCAAAGUCAACACAAUGGUGGCCGAAACCAGAUUCAAUUGUGUCGCACAGCACAGCGCAGACUGAAGAUGUAGAGGUGCAGCCUAUGGUACUUAUCGCCCAAAGAGGCAACCUGUGAUGGACGGAAGCGAUUGCCUUGUUUGAAGUCAUUGUUUGAUCAUCGGAAAGUG